GUAUUUUACAGCGUGGGUCGGGUGUUAGGCUUUGUUGAUUUCCAAGGAAGAAUUGGCUUUUGGCAAGGAAAGACGUAAUUUGAUACACCCAUAAUGCCCGCAAGGAAAGGUAAACGUGCUGCAGAAGCCCCAGCUGCUGAAGCACCAAGCGCAAAAGCAACGAAAGCAGACAUGCCCAGUGGAGCUUCAGAAGGUACACCAGCCAAACGUGGUCGUGGAAGGCCAAGGCUUCCAGAAAGUGCCAAGAAAACUAAACCAUAUGUUGCCUCAGGAAAACCACGUGGACGGCCAAAAAAGAUUGAAAGUGCAAAAGCAUCCACAACAAAGACGGCAGCUAAACCUAGCAGAAAAACCCCAGUGAAGACAGCUAAACCCACCAAAAAGGCCCAGGCCAAACCAAAGGCUUCAGGCAGCAAAGGACGUGGUAGGCCACGAAAAAAUCCGCAGCCUGUGACGGAGUCCGCAGAAGAGGCAUCUGCCGAAACAAAGUCAGACAGCGAAGAACAGUGAGAUAUGAAAUCUGAGCAGAUGACCCUGUGGAAAAAGCCAGAUGUUGAACUUCUGAUUCAACUUAAAUGACCACUGAUGAAAGUCCUUUGUCAUUGUAUGCAAACCCCGUGUGUAGAUUAAAGACAAUUCGAUGUGUGUUGUGUUAAAAUGGAAGGAUUUAAAUAUGUUGACAUGUAUGGAUGAAUUUGUGCAUUUCAAAUUUUAGUUCAAUGCCCAAAAAAAAAAAAAAAAAUGAAACAUGUUUUGAAGAAUUUUAUCAAAGUGAAUUGUUCCAUUCCUGUUUUAUCAUAAGCAUAUGCAUUACAUGGGAAUUUUUCUGUAUGUCUAAACUGUCAUGGCAUAUGAUGUGAACUUCAGGCACCAUUUGUAAAAUUUGUGAAAUGGCAGUGGGGAUUUCUGAGGCUUUUAUAUCAAAGAACUCUUUUGAAUAGUAUGUAUAGUACUAUGCUUAUAACCACUGUAAAAUUUGCCCAGGAUUUAACACCUGUAUAAUAACAACAGCACUCCUCCUGUUUGAGUGUAUUCUUUUUUUUCCUUUUUCAUUUUUCACCUAACUACAUACCAACAGACCAUUAAUAUUAACAUUUUCUAAAAUGAACAUUGUUAGUUACUUGUUGAAGUUAACUUCAUACAAAUUGGUUACAUUUUGUCUUCAUUGUUGUGUCAUGUGACUGAGACACACAGCACUGGUGAGAGAUCUGUGUGUAUUGUGAGCGUCUUUUUGUUACACUACAUAUUAUUUACCAUUCAGAGGAAUAUUUACAUUUCAAAUGCCAUGUAGACAGGCUUUAGUCAGUAUUAUUUUAACUCGGUUGUUGUUGCUUGACAUUGGCAGAUUACUUUAGAUUCUGUGCAAUUUUAAAGUGUCACAAAAGCAGGACUUUGCUUAAAGAAGUUUUAAGGCACAGGAGUCCAUUUAUUUCUCAGUUUUUUGUUAUGUAUGUUAGAGCUUUACAUUAUACAGUGUAUUUGUGCUUGUGUAUGUCACUUUCAUUUUAAGUUUAUCACCCCCGGUGAGUCGGUGGACUGCCAGAACAAGAGGUGCACAACUGACUGCAGUAAUACUCAAUGAUACAAUACUACUGCUGUCAAAGUUAAUCAAAAUUUUAAAGACUUUGCUACAUGUACAUGUAUUUCUGUUGUUAUGUCUUCCCAUUUUAUUCAUCAUUUUUUUUUAGAUCUGUCUCCAUGUCUGAAAAUAAAUGUAGUCUCAGUCUUUUAAUUUUA